AUGCUGAGGGAGAUGAUUGCCGACGUCAAGGCCAACCUCCGCGGUCCCUCCACGCCGUUUGGUGUUGACCUCUUGCUUCCUCAAGUGGGUGGUUCGGCGCGCAAGACUAACGUGGACUAUACCAGGGGGCAAUUGAGUGAAUUAAUUGAUAUCAUCAUCGAGGGGGGAGUGAGUGUGUUUGUUUCUGCGGUUGGAGUGCCUCCGAAGCAAGUGGUGGAUAAGCUUCAUGCUGCUGGGAUUCUUUAUAUGAACAUGGUUGGCCAUCCAAAGCACGUCCACAAAGCAUGCCAGAUCGGUGCAGACCUCAUCGUUGCUCAAGGUGCCGAAGCCGGUGGACAUACAGGAGAGAUCCCAACCAGUAUCCUUAUUCCCGCCUGUGCCGAUGUCUGUAAAACGUAUAAAUCCCCCUUCACCAAGCAGCCAGUCCAGCUCAUCGCAGCUGGUGGUAUUUUCGACGGACGUAGCAUUGCUUCAGCUUUGAUGCUGGGAGCCAACGCUGUCUGGGUUGGAACUCGGUUUGUCGCGGCGAGAGAAUCUGCAGUUCCUGAGUCUGCGAAACAAGAGGUUAUCAAUGCUGGCUUCGACUCAACAAUCAAAAGUACCAUCUGGACUGGACGUCCACUCCGAGCUCUCGGGACGCCACCCAUGGGUUAUGCAGCAGCGAUGGUAAACAAAGCCAAUCAGUCUGCGGGGGAGAUUGUUCUCGAGAUGGCAGUCGAGGCAUUCAACUUGCUGAAAGGGACCGAUCAGUUUUUUAAUUCGUCUUCCAAGUUAUAG